UUCAGUGAUGAAAGUUUAGUUACAGUUUACCAUGGCUUUGACGUGAGUAAUGGUGUAACGUCAGACAAGAAACUGUCAUUACUUUUUUAUAUUAUAUAUAUUAUACCUUUAACGGUAAAAUUAUAUUAAAGAAGUAAAGGAUUUUCCUCAAAUAAAACAUGAGGACUUUGCAUUUUGUUUCGAUAAUGCUAUUAUUGCAUAAUGGAAAAGGUCAGGGCAUGUUUGAUUUUUUCGGAUUUGGCGGGGGAAUGGCCGACCCAUAUGGUGGAGCUAUGGUAGAUCCUUUUAUGGGUGGUGGUGGUGGCAUGGGUGGAGGCUUUGGGGCAGGACCAUCAGCACCAAUCGGACCCGACCCUUCGUUGCAGGACGCUCGUUUAACAAUGGCUGAAGAACAAAUGGCAGAGGUUAUGGGUGAAAGUCCACAAAGUAGUCCAGAACGACAAAGAAUAGAUCGUCUUAUUAAACAGACUGGUGGGCAGUUUAUGGGAGAUGCUGCUCCGCUGAAUUACUUAGUACAAGAAUAUUUAAUGACUACCCCAGGGCCAGUUCCCCCACCUGCACCACAACCAAGACAAAAAAGAAAACAAAGAAAAGUUAAACAACGACUAGGGAAAAUGAGAAAUAGAAAUAGACAAGGUGGAGGGCAAAACAACAUGAAUGCGCCAAACAUGAAUAUCAGGCCAACAGGCGCAAGUAUGCAACCACCAGCACCAAAACCUACCCGACCUACUGGCCGAAUGGGAAAUCCAGCUCCCUACAUACCACAAAGACCACAAGCACCUGUUAACCAGGCUAUGAACCAGGGUCAAAUGAAUCAAUUGCCACCAGCAAACACUAACAUGUAUCAAAAUCAAGCACCUACAAACACAAACAACCGAGCUUUCAAAAGUCAACCUCAACCAUAUAAUCAAGGUUUUCCAGCUCAACCUCCGACAAAUAACAACCAAGCUUUCAAAAGUCAACCUCAACCAUAUAAUCAAGGUUUUCCAGCUCAACCUCCGACAAAUAACAACCAAGCUUUCAAAAGUCAACCUCAACCAUAUAAUCAAGGUUUUCCAGCUCAACCUCCGACAAAUAACAACCAAGCUUUCAAAAGUCAACCUCAACCAUAUAAUCAAGGUUUUCCAGCUCAACCUCCAACAAAUAUGAACCAAGCUGCUCUAAAACCAACUCGGAAAGUCUUUCAAGGACAUUCUUCAAAUAUACAAGCGCCACCUGCACAUCAAAGACAACAAAACAUGAAUAUUAACCAAGGCAAUAAUCAUGCUCCUCAGGGGCAGCAGAACAACAAUAACAAAGCUGGUACUUCUAAAUCAACAUUAGGUGUUGCAGCAAACAGACUUAAGCGAAUUGAAGGGCGCAUAAAUUCCGUAAAUAGUCAAUUGAUACAAGCUCGACAGAUGAACAACAUGGCGCAAAUUGCUGAUUUGCAAUCACAGUUAGAAGCUCUUAAUGGUGUUAAGCAAAUUUUGACUGGUGGUUCUGCGAAAUCAAACGAGAUAAAAACUAUUCGAGGAAGAGCAAACGCUAACACACAAGUCGCCCCUCCGCAAAAUAAGUUACAACAAAAUAGUGCUGGUCCGCAACAGAUUUUAAGAACAAACGGACCGACGCAAGUUCCUUAUGGUCCACCCAAAAAUAACAAUAAUAUGAAUAAUGUCAAAAGAAAACCGACCCAAGUUCCAUACGGGCCACCGCAUAUUGGAAAUAAUCAAAAUAAUGUCAACAAUAAACAAAGUCAAAAGUCUUUCGGGCCACCUCAGAUCUCAGGUGUAAACAAUAGAAACACACAGAUUCAAUUUGGACCACCUCCCAUGAGAAGAAGUAACAGAAAUAAUUUCAAUAAUAACCCAUCUAAUACUAAUAAUUUUCAAGAGAGAAACGUAGGUGGAGGUAAGUUUGCACAAACAUGGAGACAUAAAGUUUCUGCGCCUGCUAAACCUCCCCAAUCUAUCCAGAAUCCAUACCCGACUGCAAACAAUGGAAAUGCGUAUAAUCAGGGAAAUACAGGAUUAAAUAAUAAUCACCGAAAACCACCUGUAAAUGUCAAUAUUCAACCGUAUCAAAACACUGGCCCUGGAGCUGAUCCUUAUGCAACAAAUAAUGUAGCAAAUAUCCAAGCAACAGCACCUUAUGAUGCAUAUCCGUCAGCCUCUGCUCCGUACGAUCAACGAAUGAGCCAACAAGCAGCAACGUAUGAUCCUUACCCGUCUGCGCAAGCGCCGUAUGACCCAGGCAUGGGUCAACAAACUGCAGCGUAUGAUCCAGGCAUGGGUCAACAAGCUGCAGCGUAUGACCCAGGCAUGGGUCAACAAGCUGCAGCGUAUGACCCAUAUCCGUCUGUCCAACCUCCGUAUGACCCCGGCAUGAGUCAACAGACAGCAGCAGCCUAUGAUCCUUAUCCGUCGGCUCAACCCCCGUAUGACUCAGGCAUGGGCCAACAAGCAGCACCAUAUAGUUCGCAAACAUUAUCUUAUGACCCACACGCCCCUGCUUAUCAGAGAGACAAUUUACAACAGCCUAUGCACGAUCCGUAUGCUCCUUUAGGUCCAGGUAUUGGCCAACAAGGAAUGUAUGCAAACAAUGCACCUGCACCGAAUCGGCGGCAGCAACGUAGAAAACAAGGCCGAAGAAGGGGUGGGGCUAGAAGAGGCGGAGGUAGAAGAGCGGGGGCAAGAAGGGGUGGAGCCAAUGCACCACUGGCAACGGAUGCACCAAUAGGAACAACGGUUGCUCCCCAAUUGGGUGACACUAAAUUAAUUCGCGGUGUAGAACAUAUAUAUACAGAUGCCGAUGGAUAUGACACCUUUCAAUGGAUAAAGAAAAGUUUGAUUCCAAAGAGUCAACUGGAUCAUCUGCCACAGGCUGGUCAAGAGCAGCAAGGUGGCCAGGCUGCACCAGCCGGUGAAGGAGCUGCACAACCUGCUUAAUGGCAUCAUAGCUGUGGCUAUUGUGGUUGUUAUUAU